AUGAUAUACAGCCAAGACUACGCCCGCUCCAUCGACGAUGUGCGCACGAUAGUGCGGCACGCAAAACUAGACCACAAAAAUCUCACCAACAUUGGCCAGGCAAUUUACUAUCCUGCGGCACAUGAGGGCCAUGAUUUGGGCAACAUAAAGUUGCUCGAGGUGGAUGAUCAUAUACUGGGGGAGAUUAAGAACGGCGCAGAGGUGUGCUUCAAGGGUGCGCUGAACGAGAAGGUUGUUUUCUGCACCGAGUCGCGUACCUACGAGAUGAAGGAAGCGGAAAUAUCGAACAGUUUGCUGCUGGUGAAGGAUCUAAAGCUCGCACAAGCAACGAGCCGUUCGCCGAUCAAAAGCCCCAAAAGUGGUGUCAACACAUCCAUGGACAGCAGCAUAGAGGAAGAGGAUUCGGAAACGAUCGACACGAUCGAUGAGGUGGAACGGAAGGAUGUGGUGAAAAUUUUCCACGAUUAUUUCGAGCUACGGCCAGUGAAGCCAAAGUAUCGUAAAAUUAUCGAUCUGCUUCGCUUGACACGGUACGCUGGUCCGGAAAACGAGCAUCUAAUCGAUCGGUCAAUGCUGUUCCGCUUUCGUCAGUUGCUCGAUACUGUUCAGUGCAGCAAGGACGAGUUUCAAGAAGGGCUUAAACUAUAUCGAGCCAUUGAGGUUGAUGAACGGGUGCGCAUGUUAGAUCUAGAAUACGAAUACCGAGUACUCACGUUGCUUCUGUCCGUGGUGUCGGAAAAUUCUUGGGAACCCGACGCAAUCGACAAAGAAAUCACGCUAGAAGCGAUGCAAGGCAUAAUUCCGUACGAGGUAGUGGAUGGUAUAUUCGACGUAUACACCUGCCGCAGUGAACGCAUUCCGGACCGAUUCCAGUACCGGGAGGAUCUCGUGUGCGCCCUGUUUGCCGAAAAGAUCCUUCAGCACGGUUUAAAGUUUCACAUCGACGAAUUCCUUGUCACCUGGCAGGAAUCGUUGCCGGAGGGUUUCGAGGCAAACGAGCAGUAUCUACGUGGAAUUGGUAUUAUCGAUCGAGAGGGUAGAGUGCCGUGUGUCCGUGGACUGAAUGAAGCCGAUCUCCCGAUGAAUCUGCUGGGCCGACUCGAUUUGCUGUUCCGAACGAAAGAACGUUGGAACUUGGAACAGAUCGAACCGUACAUCGAGUGCUUCGCAACACCCACGGUAGGUGUUACCUCCAUAUUGGCCAAGUACACACGGUCGCUAGUCGUGAAAGGUGUUCGAAUGUAUGUGUCCAAGCAUUAG